CCACCAAACAAAAUAACAGAAAAAAACGAAAAUUUUACUAGCAGAAAAAAGAUGAAAGAAAGAGAAAAGAAACGGAAAGGAAAUUCUUUCUCUCUCUGCCAUAGCCAAACCAAACAAAAAAAAAACAACUAAAGAUCAAACAAAAACAAUUCGAAAAAACAAAGAAAUGGAUAAAAAACCCGCGAAAAUAGCAAGAGCAAGAAAAAUAACUCGCAGAAAAUUACCAUGCGCCAAUUAUUCACAUCCCAUUAAAAUCUCCAAAAUUGACUGCAGGUAAAAAAAAGUUAUGGCCUUGGAUUGGCUCUUCUUCCUCCGGCCGCCGACCUUCCUUCUCCACCUCCUCCUCCUCUCCCUCACCGCCGCCUCCUCCGUCGGCGCCGACGAAUCGGACGCCCUACUCCGCCUGAAAAAAUCCUUCACCAACGCCACCGCUCUCAUUUCCUGGGCCCCCGGCGGCUCCCCUCCUUGCAAAGGCAAGCUCCACUGGCAUGGCGUCCUCUGCUCCAACGACAUGGUCACCGGAAUCCGCCUCGAGAACCUCGGCCUCUCCGGCACCAUCGACGUCGACGCUCUCAUCGAAAUCGCCGGCCUCCGUACGCUCAGCUUGGGCCACAACUCCUUCAACGGGACGAUCCCGGGCGUCAACCGGCUCAGCUACCUCAAGGCGGUCUACCUGAACGGAAACCAAUUCUCCGGCGAGAUCCCGCCCGAUUUCUUCGGUAAAAUGGUCGCCCUAAAGAAACUCUGGCUGUCGGACAACAAAUUCUCCGGGCUAGUGCCUCCGUCAAUCGGCCAGAUAUCGAAUUUAAUCGAGCUCCAGCUACAGGACAACCAGUUCUCCGGCGCCUUCCCCAAUAUCCAGCUCGCGAAAUUGGCCAAAUUCGACGUCUCCAACAACAAUCUCACAGGGGAAAUCCCUAGCGGAUUGGCGAAAUUCAACGCGACGUCGUUUGCAGGGAACCCCGGGCUCUGCGGCGGGAUCACGGGGAAGAAGUGCGAUGUCCCCCCGCAGAAGGACGGCGGCGCCGCCACUUCCUCGGAAGGGAUCCAGAACAACCCUAACGCCACAGCAAUCGGGAUCGGCAGCAAUUUCAAGAAGACGGUGGCCGGAAUCGUAACCCUAGGCGUCCUCCUCUUCCUAAUUUCCGCGGUGAUAGUGAUCAAGAUGAUGCCGAGGAAAUCAGACGAAGACGACGACGGCGAUUUCGAAACCCUAGGAAAUCGCGGGAGGCGGAACAGUAACGAGGACGAGCCGUUCGAGGUGCAGGUCUCCCUGCCGACGACGAGGCUGCAGGCGACGGCGCAGGAGUCCGCGAGGAAGGGGACGGCGGGGCCGAGCCGGCAGCACCGGACGUCGAAUGCGCAGGGGAAAGGAAACGUCGGGGAGUUUGUGAUGAUGAACGACGACAAGGGGGUUUUCGGACUUCCAGAUCUGAUGAAGGCGUCGGCGGAGAUUCUCGGGAACGGAGGAAUGGGUUCUUCGUACAAGGCCGUGAUGGCCGGCGGGACGGCGGUGGUGGUGAAACGAAUCAGGGAGAUGAACGCCAUGGGGAAAGACGGAUUCGAGUCGGAAAUCAAAAUGCUCGGGAAAUUGCGCCAUCCAAACGUGCUAACCCCGUUGGCCUUCCAUUACAGGAAGGACGAGAAGCUGUUGAUUUACGAGUUUGUCCCCACAGGCAGCUUGCUCUUCUUGUUACACGGGGAUAGAGGUCCGACGCAUCCUGGUCUCAAUUGGGCAUCCCGCCUGAGGAUCGUGAAAGGGAUCGCCAGAGGAUUGGGCUACAUUCAUUCGGAGCUGGGCGGCACCAAUUUGCCUCAUGGCAACCUGAAAUCGAGUAACGUACUAGUCGGUCCGGACAACGAGCCGAGGGUUUCGGAGUACGGAUUCAGCUCGCUCAUCAACUCCAGCGUGAUCUCCCAGGUACUGGUAGCCUACAAGGCUCCGGAGGCGAUGGCAGCAGGAGGCGGGCACGGUCACGGGCACGUUUCGCCGAAAUCCGACGUGUUCUGCCUCGGAAUCCUGAUCUUGGAGAUCCUGACGGGGAAGCUGCCGUGCCAGUACACCAAUGCUGGCGCGGCAGGGACCGAUUUGGUCCGGUGGGUGGAAUCGGUGGUUCCGGAGGGAAGAGAGGCAGAGUUGCUGGACCCUGAAAUCGCAGGGUUCAGCAAUUCGAUCGGACAGAUGGUCAGGUUGAUCCACAUCGGAGCACAUUGUGCUCACAGUGUUCCUGAACAGAGAUUGGAGCUAAGAGAAGCCAUUAAGAGAAUCAAUGACAUACAAUUAGAGGACGGUUCUUCGGUCGAACAAGGGCAUCAGAAUCAGAAUGUCGUGGAUAAUCAAUUUCCGUUUACUGCGUCCUGACAAUGCAACGAUAACUAUAAGCAGUAAGUUUAUCUAUAGAGUUUCACGAAGUUGAGAAAUGGGGGCUUUUAUUGUAUUAUACUGUACUCUGUUUGGGGAAAAAUGAGAGAUCAGUUCUUUAGCUUAGUUAUGUAUGAGCAGGUUUUGUUGUUGUUGUGUUACAUAACUCAGUAUUCUAUUUGAUUUAUUGGGUAAUGUAAAAAAAAAAAAGAGUAGC